GGGAGCUGCCCUCCCUGCCCGCGGAGGACUCGCCCAGGCGCUCUCCGAGUGGAGGUUGGGAGCAUUUGCAGCAGAAAUUUGGGCUUUCCCUCCCCCCUCCAUACAUUCUCUCCCUCCUCCUCCCCCUUUUCCAAUUUUUCUUCUUCCCGGGAAGUGGAUUGCCGAUGCCGAGAGGACUUUAUUCAUUAAUGAUGCAACCGGAUUCGUUUCAGGAUUAUGUUGCACGAAUUGAAUUUUGAAUGAAGGAGUUUUUUUUUUUUUGAAAGAAGUGUUGACUCUAGUUCGUUGUACUUUUAAUUAUUAUUUUAUUUAAGCAUACAAUUUAAUUGUAUUAUUCUCUUACAAAUAUUAAAUCUAUAUUUUAUGGAAACUUACCCUCAAGAUAUAUAUGUUUAUGGGUGAAAUCGAAGACGCUUCCGUUAAGUGAGGUGACUGGCGUGUUGGAUGUUUAAUUCAGCACCGGCAUUGCAUGACAGUUGUUGAAAUAACAAGUGGUUUAUUUUUUAAAACCACACCUUUAAAAUUUUUAAGCUCAGAUAGUGACAGUAGACAUCGUAAGGGCAAUUAAGAGAAAGCCAACAGCAGCAACCGAAGCAGCCAUGUCCGGAGAAGUGCGUUUGAGGCAGUUGGAGCAGUUUAUUUUGGAUGGGCCAGCGCAGACCAAUGGGCAGUGCUUCAGUGUGGAGACCCUACUGGACAUACUCAUCUGUCUCUAUGAUGAAUGCAAUAAUUCUCCGUUGAGAAGAGAGAAGAACAUUCUUGAAUAUCUAGAAUGGGCUAAACCAUUUACUUCUAAAGUGAAACAAAUGCGAUUACACAGAGAGGACUUUGAAAUAUUAAAGGUGAUUGGUCGAGGAGCCUUUGGGGAGGUUGCUGUAGUUAAAUUGAAAAAUGCAGAUAAAGUAUUUGCCAUGAAAAUUCUGAACAAGUGGGAAAUGCUGAAAAGAGCUGAGACAGCAUGCUUUCGUGAGGAGAGGGACGUGCUGGUGAACGGGGACAACAAGUGGAUAACAACUCUGCACUAUGCUUUCCAGGACGACAACAACUUAUACCUGGUUAUGGAUUAUUAUGUUGGUGGGGAUUUACUUACUCUGCUCAGUAAAUUUGAAGAUAGAUUGCCUGAAGACAUGGCUCGGUUUUACUUGGCUGAGAUGGUGAUAGCCAUUGACUCAGUUCAUCAGCUCCACUAUGUACACAGAGACAUUAAACCUGACAAUAUAUUGAUGGAUAUGAAUGGACAUAUUCGUUUAGCAGAUUUUGGUUCUUGUCUGAAGCUGAUGGAAGAUGGAACGGUCCAGUCUUCAGUGGCGGUUGGAACUCCAGAUUAUAUUUCUCCUGAAAUACUUCAGGCUAUGGAGGAUGGAAAAGGCAGAUAUGGACCUGAGUGUGACUGGUGGUCUCUGGGGGUCUGUAUGUAUGAGAUGCUUUACGGAGAAACACCUUUCUAUGCUGAGUCUCUGGUGGAGACAUAUGGAAAAAUCAUGAAUCACAAAGAGAGGUUUCAGUUUCCACCCCAAGUGACUGAUGUGUCUGAAAAUGCAAAGGAUCUUAUUCGAAGACUCAUUUGUAGCAGAGAACAUCGACUUGGCCAAAAUGGAAUAGAAGACUUUAAGAAACAUCCAUUUUUCAGUGGAAUUGAUUGGGAUAAUAUUCGAAACUGUGAAGCACCUUAUAUUCCAGAAGUCAGUAGCCCAACAGAUACAUCGAAUUUUGAUGUGGAUGAUGACUGUUUAAAAAAUUCUGAAACAAUGCCUCCACCAACACAUACUGCAUUUUCUGGCCAUCAUCUACCAUUUGUUGGUUUUACGUAUACUAGUAGCUGUGUUCUUUCUGACCGGAGCUGCUUAAGAGUCACAGCAGGUCCCACCUCACUGGAUCUUGAUGUUAAUGUCCAGAGGACUCUAGAUAAUAACCUAGCAACUGAAGCUUAUGAAAGAAGAAUUAAGCGACUAGAACAGGAAAAACUUGAACUUACUAGAAAACUUCAAGAGUCAACACAGACUGUUCAGGCUUUGCAGUAUUCAACUGUUGAUGGUCCACUAACAGCAAGCAAAGAUUUAGAAAUUAAAAGCCUGAAAGAAGAGAUUGAAAAGCUAAGGAAACAAGUGGCAGAAGUUAAUCGUUUGGAACAACAACUUGAAGAAGCUAAUUCUGUGAGACGAGAGCUAGAUGAUGCUUUUAGGCAAAUCAAGGCUUUUGAAAAACAAAUCAAAACUUUGCAGCAGGAAAGAGACGAGCUAAAUAAGGAACUAGUCCAGGCUAGUGAGCGAUUAAAAAACCAAUCCAAAGAGCUGAAAGACGCACACUGUCAGAGGAAACUGGCCAUGCAGGAGUUCAUGGAGAUCAAUGAACGACUAACAGAAUUGCACACUCAAAAACAGAAACUUGCUCGCCAUGUCCGAGAUAAGGAAGAAGAGGUGGACCUGGUGAUGCAAAAAGCUGAGAGCUUAAGGCAGGAGCUGCGCAGAGCAGAAAGAGCCAAGAAAGAGCUGGAAGUUCACACUGAAGCUCUAAUUGCUGAAGCAUCAAAGGACAGGAAGCUGCGUGAGCAGAGCGAGCAUUAUUCUAAACAACUGGAAAAUGAAUUGGAGGGACUGAAGCAAAAACAAAUUAGUUACUCACCAGGAAUAUGCAGCAUAGAACAUCAGCAAGAGAUAACUAAACUGAAAACUGACUUGGAAAAGAAAAGUAUCUUUUAUGAAGAAGAAAUAUCUAAAAGAGAAGGAAUACAUGCAAGUGAGAUUAAAAAUCUGAAGAAGGAACUGCAUGACUCCGAAGGCCAGCAGCUUGCUCUCAACAAAGAAAUUAUGGUUUUAAAAGACAAAUUGGAAAAAAACAGGAGAGAAAGUCAAAGUGAAAGGGAAGAAUUUGAAAAUGAGUUCAAACAACAGUAUGAACGGGAAAAAGUAUUAUUAACAGAAGAAAAUAAAAAGUUAACAAGUGAACUUGAUAAGCUGACCACGUUGUAUGAGAGCUUAAGUUUGCGCAACCAGCACUUAGAAGAAGAGGUCAAAGAUCUAGCAGACAAGAAAGAAUCCGUUGCCCACUGGGAAGCCCAAAUAACAGAAAUAAUCCAGUGGGUGAGUGAUGAAAAGGAUGCCCGAGGUUAUCUUCAGGCCUUAGCUUCUAAAAUGACUGAAGAAUUGGAAGCGUUAAGAAAUUCCAGCUUGGGGACACGAGCAACAGAUAUGCCCUGGAAAAUGCGUCGUUUUGCAAAACUGGACAUGUCAGCUAGACUAGAGUUGCAAUCAGCUCUGGAUGCAGAAAUUAGAGCAAAGCAGGCCAUCCAGGAAGAACUGAAUAAGGUUAAAGCAUCAAACAUUAUAACUGAAUGUAAACUGAAGGAUUCAGAGAAGAAGAACUUGGAACUACUAUCCGAAAUCGAGCAGCUGAUAAAGGACACCGAAGAGCUUAGAUCUGAAAAGGGUAUAGAGCACCAAGACUCACAGCAUUCUUUCUUGGCAUUUUUGAAUACGCCUACCGAUGCUCUGGAUCAAUUUGAAGAUUCCUUUUCUUCUUCCUCAUCCUCACUGAUUGAUUUUUUGGAUGACCGCUCCCCGUCCUGUACUCCAGCUAGCAAAGGCAGACGUAUUGCAGACUGUGCUCCACUUCCAGUUCACACACCAACCUUAAGGAAAAAGGGAUGCCCUGCUUCAACUGGCUUUCCACCUAAGCGCAAGACUCAUCAAUUUUUCGUGAAGUCUUUCACUGCCCCUACGAAGUGCCAUCAGUGCACCUCCUUGAUGGUUGGUUUGAUAAGACAGGGCUGUGCCUGUGAAGUGUGUGGGUUCUCGUGUCAUAUAACGUGUGUGAACAAAGCUCCAACCGCUUGUCCGGUUCCUCCUGAGCAGACUAAAGGUCCACUUGGUAUAGACCCACAGAAGGGAGUAGGAACAGCAUAUGAGGGCCAUGUCAGGAUCCCUAAGCCAGCUGGAGUGAAGAAAGGGUGGCAGAGAGCAUUGGCUGUAGUCUGUGACUUCAAACUAUUUCUCUACGAUAUUGCGGAAGGAAAAGCAUCUCAGCCCAGCUCUGUCAUUAGUCAAGUGAUUGACAUGAGAGAUGAAGAAUUUUCUGUGAGUUCAGUCUUGGCUUCUGAUGUUAUUCACGCAAGUCGAAAAGAUAUUCCCUGUAUAUUUAGAGUCACAGCUUCCCAGCUCUCAGCACCUAGUAACAAAUGUUCCAUCCUGCUGCUUGCCGACAGUGAGAAUGAGAAGAGUAAGUGGGUGGGAGUCCUGAGUGAACUACACAAGAUUUUGAAGAAAAACAAAUUCAGAGACCGCUCUGUGUAUGUUCCCAAAGAGGCCUAUGACAGCACCCUACCCCUCAUUAAAACAACGCAGGCAGCUGCAAUCAUAGAUCAUGAAAGGAUAGCUUUGGGAAAUGAAGAAGGAUUAUUUGUUGUGCAUGUCACCAAAGAUGAGAUUAUUAGAGUUGGUGACAAUAAGAAAAUUCAUCAGAUUGAACUCAUUCCAAGUGAUCAGCUUGUUGCAGUGAUCUCAGGCCGAAAUCGCCAUGUCCGACUUUUUCCUAUGUCAGCUUUGGAUGGACGAGAGACAGAUUUUUAUAAGCUGGCAGAAACUAAAGGGUGUCAAACCAUAACUGCUGGGAAAGUGCGCCAUGGAGCCCUGUCCUGCCUGUGUGUGGCUAUGAAAAGACAGGUCCUCUGCUAUGAGCUGUUCCAGAGCAAGACCCGACACAGGAAAUUUAAGGAAAUUCAAGUCCCAAGUAAUGUCCAGUGGAUGGCCAUCUUCAAUGAGCAACUCUGUGUAGGGUUCCAGUCAGGAUUUCUCAGAUACCCCCUGAAUGGAGAAGGAAGUCCAUGCAAUAUGCUCCAUUCAAAUGACCACACACUAUCAUUCAUUGCACAUCAACCAAUGGAUGCUAUCUGUGCAGUUGAGAUAUCCAACAAAGAGUAUUUGCUGUGUUUUAACAGCAUUGGGAUAUACACGGACUGCCAGGGCCGAAGAUCUAGACAACAAGAAUUGAUGUGGCCAGCAAAUCCUUCCUCUUGUUGUUACAAUGCACCUUAUCUCUCCGUUUAUAGUGAAAAUGCAGUUGAUGUCUUUGAUGUAAACUCCAUGGAAUGGAUACAAACUCUUCCUCUCAAAAAGGUUCGACCUUUAAACACUGAAGGAUCAUUAAAUCUUUUAGGGUUGGAGACUGUUAGAUUAAUAUAUUUCAAAAAUAAGAUGGCAGAAGGGGAUGAACUUGUAGUUCCUGAAACAUCAGAUAAUAGUCGAAAACAAAUGGUUAGAAAUAUCAACAACAAGCGGCGUUACUCCUUCAGAGUGCCGGAGGAAGAAAGGAUGCAGCAGAGGAGGGAGAUGCUACGAGAUCCAGAAAUGAGAAAUAAAUUAAUUUCUAACCCAACUAAUUUUAACCACAUAGCACACAUGGGUCCUGGAGAUGGAAUACAGAUCCUAAAAGACCUGCCCAUGCCAGGUUUCCCUUAUCCAUCCCCUCAUCACCACUCCGGUCUGAUCUCCUCUCCGAGCAACUUUGAGCACAUCUAUCACAUGACUGUCAAUUCUGCUCAACAGUUUCUCUCUCCUGAUUCCAUAAACCCUGAGUACCCCCCGUCCCUGCGCUCUGCCCCUGGUACUCCACACUCCGUGACUCUAAGGAACCCACGUCCUCAGGAAAGCCGGACAGUAUUCAGUGGCUCCGUCAGUAUUCCCUCCAUCACCAAGUCCCGUCCCGAACCAGGCCGCUCCAUGAGUGCCAGCAGUGGCCUGUCUGCACGGUCAUCAGCCCAGAAUGGCAGUGCGCUAAAGAGGGAAUUCUCUGGAGGAAGCUACAACAUGAAGCGACAGCCAAUGCCCUCUCCCUCAGAGGGCUCUUUAUCAUCGGGAGGUAUGGACCAAGGAAGUGACGCCCCCGCGAGGGACUAUGAUGGAGAGGACUCUGAUUCGCCAAGGCAUUCCACAGCUUCCAACAGCUCCAACCUGAGCAGUCCCCCAAGCCCUGUUUCACCCCGAAAGACCAAGAGCCUCUCCCUGGAGAGCACAGACCGCGGGAGCUGGGAUCCGUGAACCCAGGACCGUGGUGGCCACAGGCAAGGGACUCUGCACCCCGACAACGUGCCUGGCAGCAGCGUCGUCUUCCGCACUGCUGCAAUAAGGAUUCCUCCGCAGCCAGGCCCGCUUUACCCUCCCCCUCCAGGUAGCUUUGUAGACAGACUGCGCAGACGCAGCGCUAAGAGUAGACAGGUUGUGUUCUCACCGUAGUCCUCACGUAGCGCCCAGCAGCCUCCAUGAGCGUCAGCCCGACUGUUGCCAGGAAAUAAAUCCUCACGACUUAAAACAAUGCAUAUUUUACUACAAUACAGAGUUUAAAUAAAUACAUAAAUGUAGAAGUUAAAUACUGAAUGUAUAUAGUCAAAGAAGCAUCUUGUGUUUGAUGAAAGAUGGAUGCGUAUAUAAGAAAGAUCAUUUAAUUUAAAAAAAAAAUGUGUUGUUUCUUGUCUGUUUCCCAGCUAAGUCAUAUACAGGGUAGAAAGGCCUCAAGUGACAUUUGUAAAGAGAGCAGAAGUCAGGUCCCCUCACCCAGCCCCCGUGGUGUCUGUCCUCGAGCUGUGGGCAGGCUACAGUCCUGUGGAAAUCUAAGGAAUGUUUAGAGAUUAGUGCCAUGAUAGGGUGUGAUCUGGACACCACAGUAGCACAGAGACACACUCGCCUGCCUCCCAGGGCAUUUUCUCCUUUGGUGAUGGAUUUGAACAUGUCCUCUUAUUAUAUUUUGAUAUAUCGCACAGAUGAAUGUGAAAGACAUUUCUGUCAUCUUUUGACCCUUCCCAUCAUAAAGGGCACAGUCAUGGCUUCUGAAGAUCAUCGAAUGGUUUGUGUAGCCUAUUUUGUCCUGGCUAAAUCCUGUCCCUCCCUAGGUUGCAGUGAGUCUAUCUGGACUGGGCACAGCUUCCCAAAGGGGAGCCUGAUUGGUUAAGGGUAGUUGUAAACUUCUCCUAAACACUCCUGGGGAAAGGGCUCCUUUCUCCCUACUAAGUCAUGUGAAACCUCAGAAGCACGGGCGUGAACAGCCUUGACCAAAUAUGCCUUCUCACCAGAGGGGACAGUGGGGUCUGUGCAUGGGUCCAAGGUGUGCUGGCUGCCAUGGAUGUCGGCCAGCUUCCACUCUGGAUGUCUGCUGCUGUACUUGUCUAAGGAGGCAAGAUGGCGACCAGAACUCAUCUCUGCCCACGUGUUUCACCAGCUAAGACCACAAAGAAAAGAUGAAACUAUAAUAUCGCAUGCAAAUAAAGAGGCCCUGCCGCUCUUUGUUUUCACCUCUUUUGGGUUGAAAAGCCACUAUUUUUCCCCACUUUAAACACAUCUAAAAUAAUUUCCAGAUUAUUAUUAACCUGUCCGGCAUGCUGACACUUGGCACAGAUUCCUGAGGUGUGCUGCCUUAUGGAGGAGGUUACAGUUUCGGGGGGAGGUGGUCAGGGAUGGUGAUGGAAGCACUUCUGAUAGGGUCUGUUUAAACAACAGCUUUGACGUCUAGAUUCUCCACUGACUCAGACAUGAGUACAUUUUGUUUUGGAUGGGCCUUGCUUGUUCUAAUCUGAAUCAUUUUGCUUUCGGAAAAGUAUAUUUGUAUGCAUCCAAAAAUAAGGAUUAGAUCUUGAGUUUGGUCAGAGCCUUAUUAUUGUUGUAUCUACCUGAACUUGGUAGUUUGCCUUGAUAGAACUGGUCCCCUCCCCUCUGCCCACACCCUUCCCUCUCCUUCCCAAGCAGAACACUGACAGGACUCCACCCUGAGCCUUUGGUUUGUAGCUUUGACAACCAGUUGUGGACUUUUGUUGCCUACAGGUGCUUGUUUGUAAAAGGGCCCUUUUUGAGUCCCACCCAAGCUCUACCCCAUGGUACCCUGUGGACUGGGGAUUUCCCACUGCAGUCCUGGCCCAGAAUGGGGUGGGGUUCUCCUAAUAACUGCUGUCUUACUGGACUUACCCCAGCCUUACAUGAAGAGUAUUCCAUUAGAAGCUGUGGAGGAGGAGGAACGAUGAUGGACAGGUUUCCAGGAGCCAGAAACAAAGCUUCCUCAGAGCAGUGGACAACAGACCAGAGCAAAGGCCUGUGGCCCUGCUUGAGAUCACUCUCCCUACCCCGUGAAAGUGUACAGCAGCAGGAAUUGAUCUCUUAAGUGGAAAAAAAUGGCAUCAAAGCCAUUUCUGACAUAGUGUCUAUGGGUUAGUACUUGGUGCUAUGUCCAGCCUGUUUGCUAUUUAUUGGCCCUUGAAUUCUGGCUAAUUUGUUAAGUGUGGGUUUUAGGUGGGUAUACAAAUGUAUUACAUUUUUGUUUUGUUUUGUUGCCAAAAACAAGCCUUCCUGACAAUGAUUGCUAAAGCAGGCUUCACUUAAAAUACAUGUGCACACUCCCUGUGCUUAGCCAUUUGCGUUCUUUCCCAGUGAGCACAGCUUUGAGACUGAGGGGGAUAACUACAAAUGGCCUCUUUGGCUUUCCAGUGAUUUCCUGUAGCCAAGCUUAAAGGGAGUGUCUGAAAUUCCUAUCAUUCCCACCAGCCCUUCCUUUAGCCUCUUCUCUUUCACGUUAAACUCCUGCCAUUUGUUGUUACCUAGUAAUCACAUUUAUUUCUAAGCAAGCUAGCCAACUUGUGUGGAACCUCAGGUAUCAUUAAAGAAAAGCCAGAGCAGAGGGACAGAUGUCCUCUCCCAGACGCAACAGCCCACAAGCAGCCUUGGCAGUGACCACAAAUUGAAUUCUGCCAGCUCAAUAGACCUAGCUGACACCCCUUCCCCACCCUGCCCCUGCCACCACCACACAGGAGUGCUGCAGGGCAUACUUUGUCCGAACCACCGGCCCUUUCCAGUCUGUCUCACUUCAUCCUCAGUGGCUCAUUCCUUUAGUGUUUGCAAGUUCAGAGUGCCCUCUCCUCUGGAGCCCUGCUGCAGUCAGUGUGUCUGCUGCCAGCCGCAUCACAUCCUCCUGUCCUAGGGACAGCUUACACAGCCUACUGCAGUUUAGGAGACUGCCACCAGUCAGCCUCCAUGCCAUCAAAAGCAAAAUGACCUGCCUUUUUAUUUGACAGUAUAAUAUCAUUUAUUUUAAUUUUUUUAGGAUUAUUUUUCUCACUGUAAUAUUAUUGUACAGUUUUGCAUGGCCUGGGUGUAAUCAUUUUUGUUUAGACUAUGAUGCUGACCAGUGUGUGUGUGGAAGGGAAGGCACUGCUUUGGCCUCUUAUUACUCAUUUGGUUUGGUUUCAUCCUUUGAUGUCUUAGGGAACUUCCUGAGAGAGUGUCUGCUACCAACUAUGACGUGGAUUCUUUUGCACAGAAUUAUUUAAGGUGGAAUAGUCAAAACUGUAACAAAAAAAUUCUCACCAAUAUUUUAUGUUGGUGUCACCUAAUUAACCAGACUUUGAUGUACUGCAAUAAAAUAAGAAACUGUUAGGAUGA